AGAUUUUUGAUGAAACUAAGUGGUGAAUCAGUAACUAUAGAAUUAAAGAAUGGUACUGUGAUUGCUGGAACUAUUGUGGGAGUUGAUAUGAGUAUGAAUACACACUUGAAAGCUGUCAAGAUGACACUGAAAGGAAAGAAUCCAUUACCACUUGAACAUAUGAGUGUUAGAGGAAGUAAUAUUCGUUAUGUAAUUCUGCCAGAAACCAUAAAUUUAGAUAAUCUUUUGCAAGACACAACAGUGCAUCCAAAACCUAAGAAGAAGACUGCUGGUCAAGGACCAAAGAAAGGUGCCUUGUCAACUAGAGGUUCAGGACGAGGUGGACGUGGUGGAAGAGGAGGACGUAUGCAAAAAUAA